AGUCAUGGGGACAGCCGGCUGUGCAUUUGACUGGCACACGUUGGACAUAUUGCUGCUGAUGAACAUAUCUUCUCCCUGCCACUUCUUCUUUGUUGUAGAGGUUGGUAGUCCCUACAAGAAGUUCUCCAUGCCACCUGGGAGCAGCUCUGCCUUGCCUUCUAUUGGUCAAUCUACUCAUUUCCCGACACCGGCUCGGAGGCGUCAUCGCACCACUUUCAGUCAAGAACAGCUGGAACACCUGGAGGCAGCUUUCCUCAAGAACCAUUAUCCUGAUAUCUACUGCCGAGAGGAGCUGGCUAAGACUACCAAGCUAAAUGAGGCCCGUAUACAGGUUUGGUUUCAAAACAGGCGGGCCAAACAUCGAAAACAUGAGAGAGCCACGCAGAAGCCUCCCACCGUGAUUUCAGCCUGUAGCAGUCUCAUGGCUGGGAUGUGCCCAGUCAGUACCACAGCCCGCCAGUACCAGUACCAGUACCCUCACAGCAUCAGCCACAUCCCACACUUCUCCUCAAUGAGUACUGGAUACAGCAGCACUUCCCCAGUUGGCCAGUUCAGCUGCCCUGGCGGACAUGGCCAUCUUCCUGGUGCCCAGCCUGCUACUCGGCAGCAUGACGAAUGGUAUGGUCCACUACGUGCCAUCAGCAGCCCGACUCCUGGACUCCAUUCGUCUAUGUUGCCUUUAGCUCCUAUGCCAGGGCUAGAUCACUCAUCCCAUUGGAAUUAAUAGGUAAUGGGUUGUGGACACACUGAACCUGCCAUAUUUGGCAGAAACUUGAGUAUUGACUAGAAAAGGAUUAAGAUACAUUUCCAUGAUGAUGCCAUUCUGCUUGGUCAGUUAGGCGCUUUAUUGAAAAAGGGAUUUGUAACAAGCAACAGUUGCCGUUUAACCAAAAAGAGCAUUUUGGUUCAUACAAGUGUUACAGGGAGGAAAUGCAUUAUAGGAGGGCAAUUAGGAAAGACACCAAAAGAUGCUGACACAGGUGUGUGACCAAUGAAUGCUUCACAAUGUGGCCCUCUUCUGAACAGAAGCCUUACAUGUCUGAGUGGCCAACAGAGAGGACUUGAUGUGGUCCUGCUUAGUACCAACUGCAGCACACUCUGUCUGAAUGAAUGGAGCCGAGACUCAACCGGACAUUAUCCCAUCCUUCUGAUGGACUCCUUUACAUUAUUUUGAACUCUAUAAUCUAGUGCCAAAUAUGCUGUAUAUAAUGAUCAACACCAACAUAAACUUUGAAACAAAAGAUAAAAUAUAAAGCUAGACCUGGUCACCAUCCCCAUCUGAAUUACGUCCCAUAACACCAGAUCAUCAUGACCUCAUUAUAAUAAUCAAGAGGUGAACAUCCCUAACCUGACAUUGCAAUUGCUUUAAUGCUUGAAAACUCUUUGAACAGCAUGAGCCUGAACAAGACAACUUCCUUCUCCCAGUAUUCUUCUUUUUGAAACCCAGACAAAACAAAACUUUUGCAAAUCUCUCUGAAGUGGUUACAAAUGAAAAUGCAGAACUAGGCUACUGGGACAUGUUGAUUUAUAACAAUGAUAGCCAGUGUUGCUUCUAUACUUGUUGAGGUCCUAUGUUAAAUAAAGGUUGGAGGACAUUCUCAUAAAGGCAGGGGCGCCAGUUGGAAA